AACAAGCAUCCCUAUACAUUCUGCUCGGGGUCCUUCUCAGCAACACCCUUCCAAGAUGGCAGCCAACAGUAGCAGCACGGUUAGCAAAUCCAGCAGCGGCAGCAGCGCCGGAGGAAAGCCGUCCGGCCCGUCUGCCGAGCAGGUGGUGGCAACAUUCCAAAGGAUGCGUCAGGAGCAGCGCAGUAUGGCCUCUAAAUCUGCAGAUUUCGAGAUGGAUAUCAAUGAGCACAGCUUAGUAAUUGAAACCCUGAAGGAAGUGGAUCCUUCGAGGAAAUGCUUUCGUCUUGUAGGAGGAGUGUUGGUGGAGAGGACGGUAAAAGAAGUUCUACCAGCCUUGGAGUCUAACAAAGAACAGGUAAUGCAUUCAUCUUUAUGUGACCAGCAAAUUGUUUCAGCAAUCAUGGAAACAGAACAACAACUAUUAUGCAUUGUGGGCGAGAGUCAUAAGAAGAUCAAUCCAUCACACCACUCUUAA